GUUCCUCCUCCUCCUCGGUUGUACUUGUACCGGGCACGUAGCAACGGCGUGGCACAGCAACGAACUUCAGACACCGGGCAGCGGCUGUGUGACUGAAAUAACCGAAAUUAACUUAUUAAGCGAACGCUAACUUCAAGGAAACAAUUCGGCAACCAUGGCUAGCUAUCAUAAACCCGAUGAAAAAACUCUGCAGGGGCUGAAAGACAUUGCUAACAAGCUCAGGAUCAACUCCAUCAAAGCUACAUGCGCCUCUAACUCUGGUCACCCCACAUCAUGCUGCAGUGCAGCAGAGCUCAUGUCUGUGCUCUUCUUCCACACCAUGCGCUACAAAGCAGAUGAUCCUCGCAACCAGUGUAAUGACCGCUUUGUGCUCUCAAAGGGUCAUGCUGCACCGGUCCUGUAUGCUGCAUGGGCAGAGGCAGGUUUUGUGAAGGAGGCGGAUUUGCUCAACCUGCGCAAGAUUGACUGUGACCUGGAGGGGCACCCCACACCGAAACUGGAGUUUGUUGAUGUGGCAACAGGAUCUCUGGGACAGGGUCUUGGAGCUGCCUGUGGGAUGGCCUACACUGGCAAACACUUUGACAAAUCCAGUUACCGUGUAUACUGCAUGCUGGGUGAUGGAGAGUGUUCAGAGGGCUCAGUGUGGGAGGCCAUGGCCUUUGCCUCCUACUACCAGCUGGACAACCUGGUGGCUAUCCUAGACAUCAAUCGGCUCGGUCAGAGUGAGGCUGCACCCCUGAGGCAUGACAUGGAGACCUACCGCAAACGCUGUGAAGCCUUUGGGUGGAACACAUAUGUUGUGGAUGGACAUGACGUAGAGGAGCUGUGCAAAGCUUUCUGGCAGGCUCAGCAAGUCAAGGGCAAACCCACUUGCAUUGUUGCCAAGACAUUCAAGGGCAAAGGACUCAAAAAUAUUGAGGAUCUUGAUAACUGGCAUGGAAAGCCCAUCCCUAAGGACAGAGUGGAUGACCUCUUGAAUGACCUACAGGCUCAGAUCCAGGUCCCCAACAAGACCCUGUGCCCUGAACUGCCCAGUGAUGACACAGCACCUGCAGACCUUAGCCCCAUCUCCCUGCCCUCACCCCCAGCCUACAAAAAGGGAGACAAGAUGGCAACAAGGCGAGCAUACGGCACAGCUCUGGUCAAGCUGGGCCAGGCAAGCCAGAGAGUGGUGGCUCUUGAUGGAGACACCAAAAACUCCACUUUCUCUGAGACCUUCAAGAAGGCCUUCCCUGACCGCUACAUUGAAUGUUUCAUCGCUGAACAAAAUAUGGUGGGAGUGGCCAUUGGUUGCGCAACCCGUGACCGCACAGUCGCAUUUGCCAGCACUUUUGCUGCUUUCCUGUCUAGAGCCUAUGACCAGAUUCGUAUGGGAGCUAUCUCCCAGACUAAUGUCAACCUGGUAGGGUCCCACUGUGGAGUCUCCAUUGGUGAGGAUGGUCCCUCCCAGAUGGCCCUAGAGGACUUGGCCAUGUUCCGUGCCAUCCCAACAUGCACUGUGUUCUACCCCAGUGAUGCAGUGUCCACAGAGAGGGCAGUCGAGCUGUCAGCUAAUACAAAGGGUAUCUGUUUCAUCCGUACCAGCAGACCAGAUACUGCAGUCAUCUACUCUCCAGAUGAGAAGUUUGAAGUUGGUGUAGCCAAGGUGGUGCGCCAGUCUGACAGUGAUCAAGUGACUGUGAUUGGAGCUGGUGUUACUCUGCAUGAGGCCCUUGCUGCUGCUGACAUGCUGGCCAGCGAAGGAAAGAACAUCAGAGUGAUUGACCCGUUCACCAUCAAGCCCCUGGAUGCCUCCACCAUUUUGGCCAGUGCUAGAGCCACAGGUGGACAGAUCAUCACUGUGGAGGACCACUACAAGGAGGGUGGUCUUGGUGAAGCAGUGCUGUCUGCAGUCGGAGCAGAACCCGGCAUUGUCGUGACCCGGCUGGCAGUGUCCGGCGUCCCUCGCAGCGGGAAGCCCCAGGAGCUGCUCGACCUCUUUGGCAUCAGCGCCAAGCACAUCGCUAACGCUGUGCGUCAGACCUUUGCAAACUAAGGACUGCCACCAAAUAUCCGUUUUGUUGCCGUGUUAAGUCUCAACCAACUUUCUGCCUAACUUACAGCUCCCUGGCAUGAUCACGUGAAGACCUAUUAACUUUCCUGCACUCACGUGCCAUCUUGUGGCUUUGACUUGAGUGCAGUGUGCUAACCUUGUAUUAUUGCUAUCACAGCCAGAGAGAGAUGGGGAUAGGAGUACAGUGUGGUCAAAGCCUGUAGUGUUACUAAUAUUCCUUCCUGUAUGCACCUUUUUAGCACCCUCUUCCCAGAUAGGUUCUGCAUUCCCUGCUACAACAUUCCUUUCAUGUAUCCUGUUUUCAAAUGGUGUUUUGCAGGUGGCUUAAGUAUCACUGAAUACUGUAAAUGUGGUGUGCUGUCAGAUUUAAAAGCUGUCAACCAGCAGCCUGUCCACGUUCUGAUUCCUGUCAGGCCACAGUCCAACCAUUAUUCCAUUUCCACAUUCCUUACGAUGACCACGCCUCAUGACCUCUCUCUUAGCUGGCAUUCAUGGCCACCUUUUUCUAAGAAGCACUGUUACUGUUGGUCAUAAAUCUAAUUCACUAGAUUACUUUUGUAGCUGUGUCACAGUCCUUAAUGCUUAAGCUGCAGUAGGGAGCUGUUCCUCAAAGACCCAGUGUGAGUGAGAAGUCUAACCAGUUUAGUUAUGAGCUGUUUGAGCAUUCCUCAUGAUUUCUGACUACGUGGGCAUCACACCAUGUUACCGGCGUUCCAGGUCACCUGUCAUCCCAUUACUGUUGUGAUGUGCUGAAUUAAAAAUGAUUAACCUGA